AUGCCUUCUUUCCUUUCUUCCGCCAUCCGAGCGAAGAAGUCACUCAAAGCUCUUGCAAUGGGCUCGAAGGCGCCGCCUGAAAGCGAGGGCAUAUCUCCAUUGGACUGUAUCUUUGCAUGCUCAGUCUGCGGUGACGUCUUUUCCGACAUUUAUAAACAGCAUGAUACGGUGCACGGCCUCUCCGACGGCAUCAAUCCCAAAGACCGGAUUGUGACUCGUCUUUACGUUACAAGUUGCUGUCAUGUCAUCUGCAUCAAGCACAUUGAAGGCGGCAGUGGUCCUGCAUUCCAUCAAGCUAACCAGCAGCCGCAAGCACCCUGCCCCGUAUGCGUGAAAGAGAGCGGCGACGACACGGCAAGACAGCUGUUCUCGGUGCGUGGCUUCAACGAGGACGAACAUGAUCCUGCGAUACCCAAGUUUUGGUUCAAAGCUCCGCCCAUGAAGCUGGAUGGUAAAGACCAGGAAAUUGAGGCUUUGCGGUUCCAGUACCUCGCUCUAAUACGAUUCAGCAAGAAUAUCGCCACUUCCUACCGGCAGACCGUAAAGAGUAGCGCCGAGACUGAAGCCAAAAUCCGGAACAUGCUGCUUCUAGCAGCGGAAGAACACGAGAAGGCCAAGAGCGUUCAGAAGGAGCUGGAGCGGCUUCGUCCACUCGAAGGUGAAGUGCAGAAAUUGCAUAGACUUGAAGCGAGAUUACCCGCUACUCGACACUAUCUCGGUCUAAUUCCAAAGCUGAUCGAGCAAAACACUCGGAUGCAGCAACGCUUGGCUUCUCUGGGAUUUGCGAUGAGCUUGGAGCGUAUGCCGAGCUUCAAUGAGCCCUUCGCUUUCGACGAGGUCGAUGAGUAUGUUGAAAGCAUGGAAGGCGAUCUGCCUACGGACUUCAGGAAGACUGGCUCCAGUCAUACGGUCGGGCGUUCUGCGCAUACUACAGGCUUCGGCAAAGAGAUGGAAGAGGAUAUGUCUACAAGCGCUCAACAUCAGCGCCCGCUCAAGCGAUCAAGGAUUGAUUCUCCUGCAAGAGCGAACAAUAUCCACGCAGCGCCUUCGAGCCGCGACGUGAUGCCACCACCCUCUAAACCACUCUCCAAGAUGAAAUCGAUCCGAAAGAUAAUUCCCAAUCUUCGUAACAGGUUCACCAACGGACGUUCUUCCGAAGCGCCGGCUCAUAAGUCUCCCUCUGGUACAGAUAUAAGAAUGUACGACAACGGCCAACGGGAGGUCGUCGACGACUCUUCGCAGCCGAGUGAAGUCGAUGAGCGAUCGCCCACACGUCACGGUAUUCUAUCGGAUGCGCCGUACAUGACAGGCGCGCUGCCGGCGGAUAAUCGUCCCAAUAUGCCGCCACAAUCAGGGUUUCUUUCAGGCCUCGGUAUACACAGUAACGAAUCGGACUUUACUUUCGAGUCGCCUUCAGUUCUGAAGGUGCUUAAUCAACGGCCAGGCAAGCUGCCUACUGACUCGUCGUACAUUCGCCUGCUUGAUGGGCUUGGCCAACAUACAGGUCUUGAUCUGGGGCUGGAGGAUCCGCGGCAUCGAAACCAUGGAGACGGUGCUAUGAAUCACUCACCCGAGCGAUACAAGCUGCGUUCAAACCCGACAGGAAUCCAGACACAAAACCAGCAGAAGCAAUGGAACUCCGGUCAUGCUUUCUUACAGCAGUCACAGACUAAUGCUAAAUCGACCUCGGCUUACUAUCAGUCUGGCCUAAAUCAUUACAAGAAUAACGAUGCCAUGAUUAACAAUCCUCGGGAUCGCACAUUAGUGAGCCCGAUCACACCAGCACCCGCACGGUCGCAACGACCUCCAGACGAGGUUGACCACGUGACUCGCAAGUUGAAAUGGUUUGGCAUCAAUGAGUCGGGUGCUGAGUUCGGCGAAGGGACAUACCCUGGAACAUAUGGCAAGCACUUCAUCUGGUACGAUUUCAACACGAUCGAUCAGUUCAUUGCCCAGGGCAUGAACAUGUUUCGUCUGAAUUUCGCCAUGGAACGCCUCACACCCAACAACCUUACCGGCGCCUUCGACCAAUACUACCUCGGCAACCUCACCGAGCAAGUAAACUACAUCACCCAGAAAGGCGCUUACGCCAUGAUUCAACCCCAUAAUUACGGCCGUUUCUACUCCAACAUCAUCACUGACACUGCCGGCUUCAAGACCUGGUGGCAGAAUGUCGCCGCUAAGUUUAAGGACAACGAGCUGGUUGUAUUCGACACUAAUAACGAGUAUCAUGACCUACCUCAAACCCUCGUCUUCGACCUUAACCAGGCUGCUAUUGAUGGUGUCCGUGCUGCCGGUGCCACUAAGCAGUACAUCACUCCUGAGGGCAACAGCUGGUCCGGCGCGUGGACGUGGGUUUCCUCCGGCAACGGCGCCUCACUCGUCAAUCUGAAGGAUCCCCAGAAUAAGCUUGUCUACCAGAUGCACCAGUACCUCGACACGGACGGCUCGGGUACCCACGCUGAAUGCGUCAGCGCGACCAUUUUCAAGGAGCGUCUGCAGGCUGCGACGCAGUGGCUCAAGGACAACAAGAAGGUCGGCGUCAUCGGCGAAUAUGCCGGCGGAAACAACACUCAGUGUAUUACCGCUCUCCAAGAUGGUCUCAACUACCUCGACCAAAAUUCUGAUGUCUGGUACGGCGCACUCUGGUGGGCUGCGGGCCCGUGGUGGUCAGACUACAUUUUCAGCAUGGAACCUACCAGUGGAACCGCAUGGAAUAUUGUGCUGCCCAAGAUUAAGAGCUAUUUUGUGUCUUAG